CUGGCUCAGGAAGUAAACAAUAACAUUACAUAACCUUCAAAUGGUCCGGUUUAGGCGGAACACGUUGCUGUCGGUGCGUUAGAAAUCCUCCUGUGCUCGCAAAAUAAUACAAAAACCAUCAUCCGAGAUCCGACUGCUCGAGGCACGGUUUGUGUUUGAGCUCCAAGGAAUGUCGCUUCUCCCGCGCCUAAUUUAUGGCCACAACUACGUACGUACCGUUUGUAAGUGUAGCAUUCCGUUCGCCAGUUUCACGUCCGUGUCGCAAGGACGCUUUCAACCUACCCAAACAGCAAUCAAUCAACCAACCAUCAGCCCGUGUGCGAUCAUCGAUCCGUGGGCUGCGGUUCAACGGACCGUUUUCAACCAUCAACUGUGGCGAAACAAGUCGAAGAAAUCGUCUUCCGGGCGGCGCGAUCGAGCCAAACCGUCCAGCGAGGUGGACGAAGACGACGACGACACGACCGAUCCGGAUCACGGGAGUGACGCGUACGAGGCGCUGGUUGCCGACAAGCACAGCCGUAUCGUGAAGGUGACGGUUAGCUCGAUGCGGGCGGACCUUCUUCUGAAAGCCGGCCUAGGGAUCGCGCGAAACAAGGUGGAGACAAUGUUCUACGACAGUAAAAUACGCGUAAACGGGCGGAAGCUGCUGAAAAAAAGUGCCCCGCUCGAGGCGGACGACGAGAUCGAUGUGGUGCGCGGUCCGAGCCCGAACAAUCCGGAACAUCUGGUCGUGUCCCGGGUAGAGAUCCUGUCGAUCGUGCCGCAAACCGAAAACCUACACGUGACGCUGCGGAGGCAGAACUCGCUGGUGAUAGAGAACUAUCCGGAUCAACCGAACCGAGGCAACGCCGACCGGGAUCCGUAGGUCGGCGACGAAUAGGUGACCGAGAACUUCGCGAGCCGUGCCGAUCAACCACCCCGUGUAUCAUGGUAAUUUACUCUAGUAGAAAGUUUAAAUAGUUUCUAAAACUACUCGAGUUUAAUAAAGUUGAACUCGUCGAUCAAGCAACACCG